CAUCAAUCCUCUUCUCAACGUCUGCUUACCAUAGCUCGGAUUUGCGACUUCAAAAAUAUCUGUACUUCAGUGUCACAGCAAGAGGGCUCGAACUUCCCUUGCAUCUGGCCGCUUGGGAAUCUCCUCGCAGCCUUGGUAUCGUGUGGCUGUGUCUGCCCCGCUAUCAAAUGGUGCACAUUAGGAGGUAACCCACGAGGCCAUCACCGUUGCCUGUUUCACAACACUUAUGAAUGCCUGAGCGCCCAGAUUCAACGCUAAUAUCACAAUGGAGAAGCCACAGCCUCUUGAAGACGAUGCUGCCGCGAGCGAGAAAGGUCGAUUGGCAACCCAGAAAGUGCGGCGCAGAAAUCGGAUGAUCACAUCAUGUUUGGAGUGUCGCCGUCGCAAGCUGAAAUGCGACAAACUUCAUCCUUGUACCAAUUGCAACAAAUUCUCGCGUGACUGUCUGUUUCUGGCUCCAGCCCUGGACUCUGUAUCUCAACAGCGCCUUAAUGAGAUCAAGGAGAAAAUGGGCUCGCUCGAGAGAGUUCUUGAGCAGGAUGUUGCUCGCAGAGAAGGGAAGCCUACUCCAAGCUUUGGCGACAGGUCGCAGCGAAGAACGUCUGCAGAUCUUCCAGGAGGGGAAGAUAGUAGCUCUGAUAAUGAAGCUGCUGUCCCUGAAGACGAAAAAGGCCUCGAGCCCACACCUCUAGCAGUAAUUGACGGAGCUUAUGAAGAUGAUGCCAACGACGAUGUUCUGGACCUGGGAAUCAAGGUGGGGAAAAUGAGGCUCACCGAGCGCCUUGGAGGCUUUUUCCGGCCGAGAAUUGGCGAAGAGGUUGCAAGUCAACUGGAUGACCCAAGUGCCGACCUUCGCACGCCUGAGGAAAAGCUCUCUGCAGCCCCUCUACUUCCCGAUCAUGGCUAUGAUUUCCUGGCGCCUGGACCUACUUAUAUCGCUCCUGGGUCUGGCUUCUUGUUCGGCGACGUUGGCAACAAAAGAUCCUUGAUAAAUUUCCUGCCGGCCAAAGGAGCCGCCGACGUCUUGAUCCGAAAGUACUUCGAAAACGUUCAUUUCCUCGCCCGGGUGGUACACUGGCCAAGUUUCCAACUGCAUUACGAUAAUUUCUGGACGGCCGUGCUAGCUGGGCUAGAACCGCCAGCAUGGCAGCAAUCCAUUGUGCUUUCGACACUAUUUUCGGCCGUAGCCAGUAUGCCGGAAGGAGAUGUCGCGACUAUAUUUGGAAGACCGAAAAGCACCAUCCUUGGAAAUUUCCAAACAGGAACAGAGGUGUCGUUGAGUAAAGCCCAAUUCCUCCGAGCCACGAAACUGGAGACGCUCCAGGCUCUGGUCAUAUACCUUAUCCCUAUGUGUCGAGACCAGAUAUCUCGUGCACAUUCUGUCAUAGUUGGCAUGGCCAUUAGAUUGGCCGAGUGUAUGGGGCUGCAUCGCGAUCCCCAAGACGUCUACGGUCUUAGCCCUGUUGACUGCCAUGUCCGGCGAAUGGUUUGGUUCCAGCUAUGCAUCUUGGAUUUCCGGACUUGCGAAACUCAGGGUCCUAGACCUGGGAUCAAGCGUGAAGAUUACGAUACACGAUUUCCCCUCAACAUCAAUGACGCCGAUUUGUUGCAGGCCAAUCCUCAAGAAGCCAAGGACAGAUGGACAGACAUGACGGCAUCACGAAUCCGCUUCGAAUGCAUCGAGAUGCAGCGCAUUAUCUGGUUCGAUCGUAUCCGGUUGGAAAAGAAGAGAGUCUCCCUGACUCACAUCCUGGGGAAAAUCGAAUCAUUCCGUCGGGCCAUGGAGGCCAAGUACAACCACCUGUUUGACCUUGAUGUCCCCAUCCAGAAAUAUUCACAGCUGCUCAUGACUUUACUGAUCCAACGAAUGUAUGUCAUGGUUCUGCACCGAUACCUCAACAACGCCAGUAACCGAGUUCCUGAACGACUCAAUCUUGUCACAGUACAAAGUGCGGUGCAAGCAUGUGAGAGUGCAGUUGAAAUGGAACGUUUACCGGCCCUGGAGAAGUGGAAUUGGUUCAGCGGGGUGCAUCAGCAAUGGCACAUGGCAUUUCUACUACUGACAAUCAUCUACAAUCAGCCGCGGUUGAGAGAAGCAGACCGAGUCUGGAAUGUUCUCGACUACGUCUUUGAGCCUGAUCUGUCGCUAUCGCGGACGCAGCGAGCCCGGACUAUCAUUGCCGCCAUCCGGGAUCGGACAAUGGUGUAUGCCGAAAUUCGCAAGAUCAGGAUUCCAGUCAGUAUGAAAGACACCCCCGCCAAUCUACCGACCGCCAAAAGCACACAGGCCAUUUCAGUCGAAGCCAGUGGCUGGUCAACAAAUAUGUCUUCCUCUUCUGGGCCAGGAGGAACUCCUGAAUCGGCGGCUUCGAGGCAGGGAAUGGCGGUGGAUUCGACAUAUGCCACUGACAGUUCCUGGGGGUUCGAUAGUCCGGCCACACUCUAUGUGAAGAAGAUGAAGCCAUCGGGAGCGACGUACAGGCGAGAAAGCGGAACCACCAAAGCCAAAAGUGCAAGCCCACAGCCAGCUCGGCAGCAGUUUCAACAGCAACCGCAGCAGCAGGCCCCUUAUACGGAGCCAAACCAGACGUCUCCUGGUCAACAAAUCGAUUUCAACAGCCCGAGCGACUCAGGUACAAACGAGUCCUGGCCGCCAUUGAUCACCCCUGACCAGGUGGGCUGGCGAACAGUGCUGGGUCCAGGAAACAACUCAUUGCCGCCGAUUGUUACGAUGCAUUCAUUGCCUCCAGUCACAACAACGGCGAUUCCUCAAGAAGCUGGCAGCAACCCGUAUGGGAUUGGGUCUGGCUUUCCAAACGACCAAGUCAAUAUACCUCAAUUUCCGGCAAGCGUUCCUCGAGGGGAUUCUAUCAUGUCGGACAUCAAUUGGGCGGAAUGGGAUCAACUAUUUCCCCCGGAGACGACGGCGGGUCUAUUUGGAGCUGGAAACGAUUUCGGCAUGGGCCAGAGGAUGUAAUCAUUCAGCCUUAGGCGGAUGGAGCUACCGUGUGAGCGUAUAGUUAUAGUAAACCGAGCAAUUAUUGGCUGAGUGAGCUGAAUGUGCAUGCUGAAUCAUCAG